GAGCGUCUCUGGCGUCAGACGCCAAACGUAGACGUGGAACUACUACCGCCACCACAGGCACAGUUGCAUUCUUGGUUUCCCACUGACCACUACCUCAUCGAAUGUGAACUACACUCCCUGCUGGACCAGGAGAAUCUUACAAUGUCGCAACGGUACCGAGUAAAUACUAGCCAGAAUCGUUCAGCACUCCUUGGUGACUAUUAUAAUACCCCGCCUUCUUCAGGACGUUCGUCACCAUUUCGAGGAGCCUUUGGUCAGCAGAGUAGUUCGCAUCGGUUCGCGGAUGACCUCGAAGGUCAGAAUGAUGAACACUUGGAGGGGUUGACUGCGAAAGUGAAGAUGUUGAAAGAUAUUACAAUUGGAAUUGGGAACGAAGUCAGGGAAUCUACCAUUCAGCUCAGUCAUAUGAACGAUGCUUUUGCGGAGACCUCGGGUAUUCUCUCAGGCACAUUUCGCAGACUGAACAACAUGGCUUCGCGGCAGGGUUGUCGGUGGCUAUGGUACAUUCUCUUUCUCAUCGUUGUCUUCUGGUUCUUCAUCAUUGUAUGGUGGUUUCGGCGAUAAUCCUACAUGUGCUAUGCAUCGGACAUGGGUUCAGGUUGGAUGCAAUCACCUCAGCAGCGAAUAAGGGGUUCCUCGUGUA